AUGCCCUCGCCAAUUCCCCAGCCCAAAGGGCUUCCCAUUCUUGGGAAUCUCUUUGAUAUGAUCCCUGGCAAUGUCUGGGCCUCUCUCAACAAAUUAGCAGCUGAGCAUGGGGAUGCCGGUAUUUUCAAAAUCAGCAUUCUCGGCAAGCAAAUCGUGCUUAUUACAAGCGCCGCUCUACUCGAGGAAAUUUGCGACGAGAAACGAUUCCGAAAAUGUGUUACGGGACCUAUUGUCGAGAUUCGCCAUCUUGCCAACGACAGUCUGUUCACUGCCUACGACAAUGAGAAAAGUUGGGGUAUCGCGCAUCGCAUAAUGGCUCCCUUUGUUUUGCCCGGCGCUGUCAAGGAAAUGCAUAGAGAUAUAGAAACCACCACAAACGACUUGAUCCAGAAGUGGACUUUGACGGAUGGCACGCAGAAGCGCGUGGAUGUCUCAAAUGACUUGGAUAGACUCAACCACGCCGCCAAUAUGCAAUGUUUCUUCAGUAAUCACGUCGACUGCGUCCUCGGCGAAGAACCCACCGUCAUCAAAGCCAUGUCGGAUACUACCUUUGAAGCUGUACGUCGGCCCAAUCGGCCUAAGCUUCUCACCUGGCUGCGUUACCAGAGUACAUUCGACAAAGACAUCAAGAUUUGUCGCGAAUAUUGUGCGCAGGUCAUUGCCAGCCGGCGCAGUAGCCCCACCGGCAAGAAAGAUCUGCUUCAUGCCUUGAUGUAUGAAAAGGACCCGGAGACUGGCGAAUCCCUACCAGAAAGUCGGGUCAUCGACGAGAUUAUCAACAUUCUCAUUGGCAGUGCCACAGCCCCGAAUCUAGUCUCUUUCGCUCUGUACUAUCUCGCCAAAAACCCAGGCGAGCUCACCCGUGCCCGCGAGGAAAUUGGUUCGAUUGUCGGCGCUUCGGGUGAAUUCGAACACUCCCAUCUUUCUCAACUGUCCUACUGCGAGGCGAUCCUUCGCGAAUCCUUCCGUCUCUGUGCCACAGCUCCAGGCUUCAACAUUGAGCCUUUGCCCACCGAUGACCCCGUCUUACUCGGCGGAGGGAAAUACGAAAUUCCAAAGACCCAAGUCAUGAUCCCAAUUCUCUCCGCCGUCAAUCGAGACCCUGCUGUGUUUGAGGACCCGAAUGCCUUCAAGCCUGAGCGCAUGCUUGGUGAGGCUUUUGACCGACUGCCCGUGGGCGUGAAGAAGGGGUUCGGAAAUGGCAAGCGUGAGUGCUAUGGCAAGCACUAUGCAUGGGAGUGGUCAUUGCAUGUGCUCAUUCGCAUCAUCAAGGACGUAGAUUUUGAGUUGGCGGAUAAGGGGUACACCUUCAAUAUGGAAGGGAAGAAUUUCAACGGAGCCUUCAGUGUCAAGCCGUAUGGAAUGUUUGCUGCUACCAAGAAGAGGGUUUCCUGA